CCUCGGCUGCGAAAAAUAUUUAACGUUCUAAAACAUAUAUAUGUAGAAUAUUAAAUCAUUUAUCGAAACUUCUGUACAAUCUCGUGAAUCUUGCAACCAAAACACACAAAGAUUGAAUGACGAACCGACUCGCCCAGGUAAAAAACAUUUACUAAAUGAAAAUAGGUCUGGAAACCUUGGGCCCAUUUGUCAAUGUCGUCGGGCCUCAUUCCUUGCUGGUAGAUAGUAAAACCAUUUUAAAUGUAGCGCAAUAUAUUUAUACAAAAAGAAUUUACCAGACCGCAUUGUUUACCACUACUAGUUGCCUCAACUUUCGCAAGGAACUGAAACUUCUGUACAUGUCAGAUCAGAGGUAAAAUGCGAAUGACCGUAGACAGGAUUUCAUGAUCAAUCAUAACGGAAGUGACCUGCACCGUCCUGGAAUCGAACCGGGGUCGCCAGAUUCACAGGUCAACGUUCUACCUAUUGAGCUAACCGUACGACAUACAGUAAUGAUAAUCAAUAAUUUACCUUUAUACUCAGUACUCAUAACAGAAUCGUUUUGCUCAUAACGGAACUCAUAUUUUCAUUUAAAAACCUAGCAUAUUUAUGUUUUAUAAUGCAAUAGCUGCGAAAAACGAUAUCGCAAUAUCCUGAAUAUGUGAAUUUACAUGCUAUACAUUUUAACAUCUCGUUUCCCCUUUCAGUAUGGGUAUCGAUAUCGAAACGUACCGUGGUAGAAUAGGAACUUUCAGAUUUUCAUCGGGAGUCGAUGUUGUGACGAUUGUUUGUCCUGUGAACUUAAGUGGCGGGAUUAAAGUUAUCGGUACUGUACUUUUCAUAGGACUACUUUUGUUGCUUUCCGGCAUAGAACCUAACCCUGGGCCGAAGGAGAACGACGAUGAACAAGCAAGGAGGACGAUAAAGGUUGCAGGAAUUCCUGCUGGAAUAGAUAAACAAUACCUUACUCUCUUUUUCAAAAGUUCAAGAAAAUGUGGUGGAGGAAAAAUCAGCAACAUUCAGUUUGACGAAGAAAAUCAUUCGGCUGUUAUACAGUUUGAAAAUGUUGAUACUGUUCAGUCAGUGUUACAAAGAAGGCCUAUUAAAAUAGCAGGAGCGGUGCUAGAUAUAGAUAGCUUUGGAUCAGAACCGAGUUUCAACUUUUCGAUAUGCUCUUCCCCGACAAUAGAGGUUACUGGCUUCCAGACGGGUGAUUCGCAAAUGACAGAAUUUCUCGAAUUAUACUUUGAAGAUGAGGAAAGUUCAGGCGGUGACACUAUAGCUAAUAUAACAGUAGAUGACGAUGGAAAAGCCCUAGUUACAUUUGAAUCGAUCGAAGUUGCUCAACGGGUGGUUAAUAAAAGCACACACACAUUAAAGCAAAACACGUUGAAAGUGGUUCCACAUAGACAAGACAUCCCACCAGAACAUGACAUUGAUACAUAUUCCUCCACUCCUUCAAUGGAAAUUACAUCAGCCCAAGCAUCAAUCCCCGAAACUAUCCACAAACGAACGGAAAGGAAGGUAGACAUGGAUGAUAUACUUGUUGAGGUGCCGGAGCGGUGCAAACUGUCGAACAUUGUUGAAAAACGGUUUCCUACUGACAAUGAAAUAAAAGACAAAGCGAAAGCCAACAGUGAUAAGAUUUUACAUCUUACUGGUCUGACAGACAAAUUCCCAGAAAAAAUUACAAUUGCGGAAAUUAUGUCCAUAGAUCUUAAAGCUGAUGUUAAACAUAAUUAUGCAAACGAAGAAUUGCCAUGGAUUCUACUGCGUCGUAUUUUAGGAGUUCAGAGUAAAGCAAGAGAUCGUUCUGGCAUAAUCAAUGAUCAUACAGAAAGAGCAGAACAGACGCAUGCACGAGAUGUUGAAACUAUUGUUCAAUUCUUUGAUCAUUUCACCGUGGACGACACAAACGACGAAGGUGAUGGAACUUCUCCUUUAGAUAUAUUUCUAAUAACACUACAAUGCUGCGACCCCAUGCUGAAGCAAUUAUUGUUUCAAAAGUUGUAUUUGUGUAAAAUAGCUUUUCCUUUUAUACAAUAUGACAAAUCGUUAAAUGAUUGGGAAUUUAUAAUAUGGCCCUUACGUUCUUUAGUUGUAGAAAGUUACAAUAUAUCACAGACACCUGAAACAGAAACAAGGGAAUUUGAGAUUCUAGAGCUCCCUGUAAAAACAGUAACUUUUGCAAAUUUUGGUAGACCAGAUUAUUCAAAGUCUAAAUUAAUGAAUGAUUUACUUUCGGACGAUAUUCAAGAUACAUUUUUCAAUAUCAAUUGCCCCCUUGGUAUGUCACCAAAAUCUUGCAGUAAAGGAACAGUAGAAAUGUUUACUCUACCUAUUUGUGGUUUAAAAGAAAAAAAGUUUGAAGAUGCAAUUGCAUUUUUUAAUUUGAGAGGGAGGAUUGAAGAAAAUUUUACGACAGAGGUCAUUACAUUUGUUUCAAAAAUAUCUGAUAUUCUGGUUCUUUUACUGGAUGAGUCGUCCAUUAUUAAACGCGAUGAAGAACUUUGUAAAAUGAUAACCAAUUUCACAACCGUAAUCAUUGUCAUAGCUAGCAAGACAAAAAAAUCUACUGUCGAACAGUUUAUUGAAAAGCUGACACCUACAACAAGACCUACUGUAAGAAUUAUCAGUACAUAUAAAGCACGUACUCAAAAGAAUUCUAAAGAUUUUUCAGAACAACUUCGACAACUUAUAGCUACUCGACUCAAGAUCUCCGCAGUGAAAUCUCUAGAUGAUCGUGUAAAUGAAUGUUCAUCUCAUUUAAGUGACGAGACCAGAACCGAUUGUGCAAAAGCCAAGGUAAUAGCCACCCAAGUAUUUCAAUCUAUGACUGAUAUUGGAAGCAAAGGUCAGAUGAAAAGAUUCAUAACACCGGUACACUUCAUUUACUCAAAACAAAUUGGUACCAGUAUAAGAAGUUUACAUAGAAUGAAAAACGUACAAGAAACUCACACUAUAACAGCAAAAAUCAAGCAAAUAAGGAAAAUUCAGCUUCAAAGUAUUUCGAGAUCAAUGAAGUUAUUUCUUCAGUCACUUGACAAUGUCAAAGAUAAACCAAUGAUGGUGCAAUAUUUAGUAAAAUGGCUUUCUAUAUUGUUAGAUCGACAGAAAAGGAAACAGAUACCUUCUUUAGUGCGUCAGAAUCAAUUACAUAGACAAGAAUUGGUUGCAUUGCAAAGCAACACAUCUUCUAAAGACCAAGAUAUAAACACACUUAAAGAAGAGAUCGCCAAAUCACAAGAAUCAAUAGAAGACGCAAACUUAGGAAUAGAACAUAUGUUUAGAGAGUUAGGACACAUAUAUGAGUCUGUGAUUGUCAUGAAAGCAGAUCCCACAAUGUACCAGCUUCCAUCAGUCCAAAAUGUAAUACAUAUUAUGACAUCAUUAAUAGUGUCAGGACAAAUCUUCGAGAUCAUUGACGGUGACAAUUUUUUUCUUCCGAGUGAAUGGGUUCAAGCGGUUUUAGAGCAAGUGUCGAAAAAUAUUCACUCAAAAAAGUGUUUAACACUGUCUGUUCUUGGGGUUCAAAGUUCUGGUAAGUCAACAUUACUGAAUUCCCUGUUUGGAUCUUUGUUUCCGGUGAAAUCUGGGCGAUGCACUAGAGGUAUACAUAUGCAAAUCAUGCCUAUUACACCAAACAACAGUCUUCCUUUCAGUUAUGUGACAGUUAUAGAUUCAGAAGGUUUACGAUCUACGGAACGUACUUCUACGACACAUAACCACGACAACGAGUUAUCAACGGUGAUAGCGGGGUUAGGUGAUAUAACACUGCUUAAUGUCAUGGGUGAAAAUACCAAUGAAAUUCGGGACAUUGUACAAGUAGUUGUACACGCAUUUCUUAAAUUGAAACUUGCAAAUAAGCAACUUGAUAUCGGGAAAAUAUUUUUCUUGGUACACCAAAACGUAAUUGAUACAACUGCUCGAGAAAAUUUGAGGACAGGUUUAAAUGCAUUGAUAGAGACUCUGGACUGUGCAGCAAAGAAUGCAGGAGAAAUAGAAGGUAUACGCGAAAUAAAAGCAUUUCAUCAAGUCAUAGAUUUUGACACGAAUGCAAAUGUGUGGUAUCUACCGAGUUAUUGGCAAGGCAACCCUCCUAUGGCGAGAGUCAAUGCUACUUACAGUGAUCGCGUUUUCGACAAAAAAGGCACUCUUUUACAGAAAGCUUUAGAAUGCAAGGAUAAGUCCUACAAAUCUCUCGGUGAUGCUGCUAUUCAUAUCAGAGAUUUAUGGAAAGGUGUUUUAACGGAGGAUUUUGUAUUUAGCUUUAGAAAUAGUCUUGAAAUAAAAGUCUAUAUUCAUAUGGAAGAAACAUUAAAAGAUAUUUUGAUCAAAUUUGAAGAUAAAAUUGAAAACAAACACGUUAUAUUGUCUCAAAAAUAUUUUUCUGAAUGCUCAAAUCAACAACACUUGCCGGAUACCUCCGACAGGCUUGUUAAACAGAUGCGUACGAUUCUGGCUGAAAAUCUUUCUCUUGCAGUAGAAGAAGUAAAUGAAUACUUUGAUAACAGUGAAUAUAAAGAUAUACUAGUACAGUGGCAGGAUUUUGCAAAAAAGCGUACUGAGGCUUUAUAUUUAGAAUUAGAGGAUAGAAUAAGGACUGAAACGCUUAGAUUGCGAGAUAGAACGCGUAUUGAAUUAAAAAUCAAAGAAGACAGUUUAGGACACGAAGCUAAAAUGUAUGAACGAUCUCUACAGGUAGCAAAAUACAUCAAAGGCGAAUGUCUAAAUAUGGAGGAAAUAGAGAAUAAAUUUGAACAAACUUGGCACUCAAUUAGCAGGGAGAUUCUAGAUUUUGGUGAGCUAGAAGAUGUUUCAAAGUCACUUGCAGACAAUUUUGAACGAUGCCUUUUCGAUAUUCUUAGUACAGAGCAACUUAUAUUGAAGACGGAGUUUGAAAAGCGGAGGAACAAUAGCUUUUAUAUCAUCAAUACCUUGACGGGAUCGUUCGACCUCAGCGGCAUAGUGUUGGAUGAUAUCAGCUUUUCAUCAGAAUCUUUCAGACAAGACAACGAGAUAAAAAUGUCACGUGUGAAAGAUGAAAUAAAUAAAACAUUAUGUGAGAUAGAAACAUUAGUGGGUACAUUUUUAGGAGACAUGAAUGAACUAACAUAUCGAGAAGUGAAACAUAUAUUGUACAAGAUAUACAAGAAAAUUCAGCUGUUACAAAACCAAGAAAAUGACAUUUCAUUGAAAAUAACAGGAGUUAUCAAAUUAUGUAUUCACGUGACUGCUUUUUGUUCCACACGUUUUGAUGCACAUAACGCUGAGUAUCACAAAAGUAGGGGUAUACAUGCCAGAAUUUCAAACUACAAAGUUCAAGUAAGAGAACAGUUUAUUGCAUAUGUUAAAGACCGUAAAGCUGAGGAAACUGCUGCUAAACAAAUCACGGUUAUUGUAGAAAAUAUUUUGUUGGACAAAAUACAAGACAGGAUUCAAUAUACUGUUAAAGUUAUAUUAAAACAAACUUUGCCCCAAUUGAAAUAUCAUUUGAUUAUUGAAGUUCUUGAAGAUUUGACAGUUGCUGAUGAUUUUGACUCUUUUAUAAAAUACAUAAAAACUCCUAGAAAUCUUGUGAAAGAUUGGGUGAAGAAAAAAGCGAAAACUUUCCUAUUUAAUUCCAACAUGACGAAUUUCUCUAAAAUAGUUAACAAAGUCGUCAAUGAAUUCUAUAAUGACAUCCAAGUAAGUAUUGAUAAAUGCUAUGAGACAUUUCGUCACGAGAGCCCAACUUCAGAAGAAUGGACCAAAUCAUUCGUGCAGAAUUUUUCUAUGUGUCCAAUUGGAACAUCAGAGUUCAAAAAUGUAACAAAAUGGUUUAGUCAGAUAGAAAAUAUAAAAAACUUUAGCAGUUUGCUUACUGAUAGCAUCAAAGCUUCCUCUGAAGAAAUUGUAAAACAAUUGAUAACGAAAGAACAAGUCGAGAGAAUUAUUAAAUUCAAAGGUCCAGAGAGCAUGGUAAAAGCCUUAUUUCAACAAGUGUGGGGCUGCCCAGAGCAAUGUCCAUUUUGCGGGGAGCCAUGUGCGAAAGCUUUCAUACAUGGAGGAACGAACCAUUUUAGUUUGCAACACAGAAUAUCGUCUUGUUUAGGUGCAAGAGAGGACUUUAUACAUAAAGCUGUACUGUCAUCUUGCAAUUUUAAUGUCCAAUCAGAUCUAGAGCACCAUUGUGAUUUGUUUGGCUUCCGAUGCAACAAAGAAGCAAAGAAACGAUGUGGAAAACAAUGGCAUUUAUUUAGAAAUUAUAGGGAGCAUAUACCAGACUGGGAUAUCGAGCCAAAUGCAAAUAUACAAGAAUGCUCAAAAUUUUGGCUAUGGUUUGUUGCAAAAUAUAAAUACCAGUUAGCAAUUUACUAUAAAUAUGAUAUAUCUGACAUACCUGACUCCUGGGAUGAAAUCACACAAGCAGAGGCUUUGGAAAACCUCAGAAGAAUUUACUCAUUGUAAAUAUCAUUUGUUAAAAUUGUUAGAAAACGAGUGCAUUUAUAAAGGAUUAUCGAACCAAAUAUAUUAAAGUAGGGGCCUCAUUAUGUAUGUGCAUGAACGAAGGAACGUGCAAACAACUGCUUAAAAUUUGGCCGCACAUUGAAUGCAUUACGUUAUAUAGAGUCAUAAAUUUGCUUCAUAGAGAAGAAUCUUACGUUAGAUCAAAUGCAACCGCUGUUAUUAUUAUUACAACUUGAAAUUUAACUCAAGUGUUUAGUUUUCAUACUUGGAUAAGACAAUUAAAACAGUUUAUAAUUUUGUGAAGGUUUUUGUUUUGAAAGAAAUGUUUGCUAUAUAUCAAAGUAAAGUUUGGUCUACCAAAACACGUUUAAAUUUGAUUAAUUUUAUUUGUACAAACAGAAAUUAAAUAGUACAUUGAAGAUUUCUUAAUUAUCUGAGGUUUGCGUUAAAGUAAGUAUGUUAUUGAUGUGCUGUAUAAUUAAACUUCAACGUUUAAAAUGAAUAAAAAUAUUAUAAACGUGGACCGAUAGCUAAUUAAAAUCAUAAGUUUGCAUGGGUUUGUUGACAUAAACUUUUACUUAUUUAUCUAUCAUUCAGAUUCUAGGCUUAUAUCUAAUAAGACAUUUUGUCACUGUGAUUAAAUACCGACACCUUAAUCUCUUCUACUCUUGAUACAUACUGAUCAUAUGGAACUCAAAGUAUUUUCCUAAAAUUGUGUACAACCUUUUUUUAAAUUAUAUUUCUGACAUUUGUUAAAUAGAUGUCCAAGGAAAAAACAUAGUUACAAACUUACAAAUCUGCAAUUUUUCAUAACACAACAUGAUAAUAUGAGAUUUAAAUCAAAUCAUCCUGUAGUUUAUACGAAACAAAGUUCGAUAUCUAAUUACAUCAGUUGUAGCUAAGUGCACACAUUCUAUUGCAACUCCGUAUAUUGACAUUUAUGUGAUUAUGUAAACGUGAGAUUCUUUUUCCAUUUUAUCUGUGAUAAAUGAUAGUUAUUCAUCUAAAUAAUCAGACAAACAUUUGUAUCGCACAUGCAACAGAAUACGUAUAAUUAUGUACGAGGUUUGUUUCAAAUCAAUACUUAAUUUUACUUUCAUUACAGAAAAUCAUGAAAUUACAUAUAAAUACAUUAUAUUAUUAAACCUUCUAACGGCUCUGCGUUAUUAGAGUGAAUUAAACUCAAAUCUGUGUCCAGUUUUCUGUCGCUAUAGUAACCAAAGUCAACAACACUGCUUUAGGUAGGUUUUAAUGAGAUUGUAUCUUUGUGAUUCAUAUAUAAUUUGAGCUAUAAAAAGUGGCGUCAAAAUAGCGCACGAGUAUAACCGAUGUAUGAUAUUUGAAGUUUUGAUAUGUAUUUUGUAAUUAUUUGACUUUUAUUUUGAUACACUUUAACUAUAAUUUUGAUAUGAUUAGUAUUACGUUUUAAGCUACACGCCUCCAGAUGAGCAAAAAUAUUAAAUUCAAACCUGAGAAAAAUGUACGUAGACUUUAGGCAAAGUAUAAAGAUUCAAAAUUCUAGUAAUAAUUUACAUGUCGAGCGCGAUUAGUGAGCGAUCUUUCAGUAUUUGUAAUUAUAUUUCUACUGCGUUACUAACGCAGUGAGGGCUAUUUCUGCAUAUUUGACCUCUUUAUUACAUGGGUUGUUAGUGCCAUUGAUAAUGUCUAAAUUGCAGUUUUUUGGUAACUUCAUAAUAUUAUACUGUUUUAUACAUUUUCAAAUUUUUAUGAAAAUUUGCAUGGAGGCAUCUGGAGGCGUGCUGCUUUAAAUGUCAUUUGCAUUUCAAUUUGAUAUCAUUUUAUAUUGAUUUUAAUAUCGUUUACUUAACUGAUAUAUUUUAACACCAUUUUCACUUUUUUUACAAUGUUAUUAUCAUAUUUUUACUCAAGACCUGCAUGAUUAAAUUGUGUUUAGUCUAUUAUUUAAGGUGACUUGUAGACCCAUAGGGCCAUGUUUUAAGUUAUUUUAUUUUGUACAAAAUAUGUUCAUUCAAAGUAUGUUGUAACAUAUGUCAUUGUAAUAAACAAUUUAUCUUCCUACAUUAAACACACACUGUGCCUCAGGAAUGAAUAAAUGUGUUCUUCUCUAGAAGAAGCAGCCAUAAGUUUCAUAAUCACAAUUAAAUAAUUGUUUUAGAGUAUGUUUGAUGCUUAUUACAAUAUAUUUUAUAUUUUAUAAUUUGUACUGCUCUACUGUAAGAAACAUAAACAAAUGGAUUUUAAAUCUCUUCUGAAAUUAACAAACACAAAUGAAUAUUUUGUAAUCUGUAUUGUUAUAAACAAACAUAAAUGGAUAUUUUGUAACCUGUACUGUUAUAGACAAACACACAUGGAUAUUUUGUAACCUGUACUGUUAUAAACAAACACACAUGGAUAUUUUGUGAUCUGUACUGUUAUAAACAAACAUAAAUGGAUAUUUUGUAAUCUGUACCGUUAUGAACAAACACACAUGGAUAUUUUGUAAUCUGUACUGUUAUAAACAAACAUACAUGGAUAUUUUGUAACCUGUACUGUUAUAGACAAACACACAUGGAUAUUUUGUAAUAUGUACUGUUAUAAACAAACACAAAUGGAUAUUUUGUAAUAUGUACUGUUAUAGACAAACACAUAUGGAUAUUUUGUAAUUUGUACUGUUAUAAACAAACACAAAUGGAUAUUUUGUAAUCUGUACUGUUAUAGACAAACACACAUGGAUAUUUUGUAAUAUGUACUGUUAUAAACAAACACAAAUGGAUAUUUUGUAAUCUGUACUGUUAUAAACAAACACAAAUGGAUAUUUUGUAAUCUGUACUGUUAUAAACAAACAUAAAUGGAUAUUUUGUAAUCUGUACUGUUAUAACCAAACACAAAUGGGUAUUUUGUAAUCUGUACUGUUAUAAACAAACACAAAUGGAUAUUUUGUAACCUGUAGUGUUAGAAACAAACACACAUGGAUAUUUUGUUAUAUGUACUGUUAUAGACAAACACAAAUGGAUAUUUUGUGAUCUGUACUGUUAUAAACAAACACAAAUGGAUAUUUUGUAAUCUUUACUGUUAUUAAAAAACACACAUGGAUAUUUUAUCAUAUGUACAGUAAUAAACAGACAGUAAUGGAUAUUUUAUAAUCUGUACAGUAAUAAAUUGACAGAAAUGGAUAUUAUAUAAUAUGUAAAGUUAUAAACACUCAAAUGGAUAUUUUAUAAUAUGUUCUGUAAGUCUUUACAGCUCUUGUCAAAAUUUCCUUAUUCAUGUUACCUUUAUUAUAAAAUUAUGAGAUAUCCACAUUCUGUUUAGUGAAAUACCUCUUUCAGUUACAAAAAGGUCUGAAAAAUGAAAUUGGUAUUAUUUAUGAUAUUUUAUUUAAAAUAUGUGUUGUAUUAUAUACGUUAGAAAUAUACUUAAA